AUGGGAUUGAUUCUGGGCAAAAUCACGGUGGAAACCCCCAAAUACGAGGUGGUUCAAUCGACCGCCGACUACGAAAUCCGCAAGUACCCUUCAUGCGUCAUUGCAGAGGUGACUUACGAUCCAGCCCAAUUCAAAGGCAAACGAGAUGGCGGCUUCACUUUACUAGCCAACUACAUCGGUGCAUUGGGCAAUCCCCAGAACACCAAGCCUGAGAAGAUCGCUAUGACCGCUCCGGUGAUUACAAAGGAAUCUGCAUCCUCCGCCGCCGCGUCGGAGAAGAUAGCCAUGACGGCCCCGGUGGUGACAAAGGCCGGCGGCGACGAAAAGAAAUCGGUGACGAUGCAAUUUAUACUGCCGUCAAAAUAUGGGAAGGCGGAGGAGGCGCCGAAGCCGGUCGACGAGAGGGUGGUGAUUAGGGACGAAGGGGAGAGGAAAUUCGGGGUGGUGAAGUUUAGCGGGGUUGCGAGCGACGACGUCGUUAAGGAGAAGGUGGAGAAACUGAAGCAGAGUUUGGAGAGAGAUGGGUAUAAAGUGAGUGGCGAUUAUGAAUUGGCCAGGUAUAAUCCGCCGUGGACGCUGCCCCCAUUGAGGACUAAUGAAGUCAUGGUUCCGGUCGAAUGA